AUGAGCGAACCUAGCAACAAUUACGCUGGAUUUUAUAACGCUGUCGAGGGUUUUGAUUCUAAUCAAAUGGGUAUUAAUUUGCAAGCCGAACCUCCUACCCAGACUUUCCGUUCUCAUGCUACCUCUUUGCCUCUACACAGUAACGUCCAUAUGAAUACAAUGCCCUACGAAAAUAUUGGAAGUCGUAUGACGUUAUAUCCCUCAGUCUCUUAUUACGGACCGCUUCCGGAUGUUGACGUCUCCAUGAAUGAGCAGUUAAAUAUACCGAGCCGUAAUCAAGUCGAAACUCACAGAAACAGCUCGUGUUCACUUUGUGGCUCUUCCAAUGAAUUUUUUGGUACGAUCAAAAGUCAAUCUAUUGUGCACACCUUUACGCAAGUACGCACACAAUUCAACGAGCCCGAAUAUGCAAUUAUAAGAGAAGUGCGAAUUCAAUUGGUCUUAGGCAAGGUACCAACUAAAGCUAGCUUUGGCCAAGUGAUGGCUUUAACUCAACAAUGA